AUGGUUGUCGUGUGCGUAUGCUACGGCAUAGCCGGAGUCUUCGCCACAAUCUUCUUUUGCAUCCCGAUCUCGGGAUUCUGGAACCCCUCGCCCACAGACAAGUGCAUCAGCAGAGAGGGCCUCUGGCUGGCCCAUUCGGGCAUCAACAUCGUGACUGAUGUUAUCAUCUUUCUCAUCCCGGUCCCGACAGUCCUCAAACUGAAUAUGAACUCGAGACAAAAGAUCGCGGUCAUUGGUGUUUUCUGCGUCGGCAUCAUAGUCUGCCUGAUUACCAUGCUACGCCUCAACUCAAUAAUAACCAUAGCCAGGACCUCAGACGCAACAUUCGACAACGUCGCGGUGGCAGUGUGGAGCAACGCCGAGAUGACGACGGCCAUCUUCUGCGCGACGCUGAGCGGCAUCAAGCCCUUUGUGCAGUGGGUCUCGACGCGCAGGUCGCCCUUCUCGCGCAAGUCGUACAGCUUCCAGAUCCCGGGGACGCCCUUCAACUCGGGGAACCACCACCUCCGCCGGGGCUCCAAGAUGAUGACCCCGGGGGGCACGCUGGGGUCCGAGCCGAGCACCCUCAAGCUCAACACCACCACCAAGGACGAGGCGGAGGAGGAGGAGCGGCCCCGGGGGGCCGCGUCGUCGGACAUUGAGCUGGGCUCGAAUGUCGUAUGA